GCGAACGCGUCACCUGCCACACGCCGCCGAGCCGCUCCGACGGAAACGCGUCACGUGCCGCUCCAGCGAUGGGUUUGGCACAGGAACUCCUGGCGCAUCUGCCGACGCACUUGCACACACAUUUCUUGGAUAGCCAUGAAGAUCAAGUACAAGAAGGUGAUGAUUCCGCGGUGCACCAGGCAGGAGACCAAGACCCUAGCUCUAGCCUCCGCGGCAUGGAGGAUCUGAAGAAACUCGAAGGUGGCACGGUGCGUGUGGAUUUGCUGAACAACAACAACUCCCAGUACUAUGGGGACUUUGCGUUAGGGAAUCCUCCACAGCGCUUCACUGCCGUCUUCGACACCGGCAGUGGCAUCACUUGGGUCCCCGGAAGCCAAUGUAAAAGCGACACCUGCUCAGAACACCAUCAAUUCUCUGUGGAUGGCUCCAAGAGUUUUGAGGAGUUGGAACCUCAACGGGCCGACGGCACCAUCCACUACGGCACGGGACAGGUGGAGUAUGCGGAUGGUCGUGACACCUUGACCUUCUGCGACAGUCACAGCGACCCCGGAUGUCACGGAGUUCAGGCAAAACGCCUCAAGGUUCAAAGCCAACCCUUUGGCAUGUCGACGAAUCAGACGGAUUACCCCUUUCGCAUUCUGCCCUUCGAUGGAAUUCUGGGUUUGGCGCCCUCUGCUAGUGGAGGAUCUGUCGUGCAUGCGUUGAAAAACAGCCACGCGCUGGAUCGCAAUGUCUUUGGAGUUUACCUCUCCGAGGACACGCACCGCAGCGGCAGCAUUUCCUUCGGAGGCAUUGAGCGGGCACAUAUUGCUCCGAAGAGCCCGUUGACAUGGCAUAAGAUCCAGAACGACCAGGAGUGGUCUCUGGCCAUGAAAGAUAUCCUGGUGGAUGGCAAGCCGCUCCAUAUCUGCGACGACCGGCCGGACGGCGUCUGCCCGGCGGUGGUGGACACGGGCAGCUCGCUGAUCACCGGACCCUCCGGAGAGGUGGAAAAGCUGCUUAGCAAAGUGCGUUUGAAGGACGACUGCAGCAACUUAGCCAAGCUUCCGAACGUCAGCAUCCGCAUCGCGGACAAAGACGGUGUGCUGACGGACUAUCCGCUCACGCCGCAGGAGUACACCCUGAAGAGUCUGGACGAGGUCCCACAGACCGGCAACUCCGAAUACUUGAAGGAAUUCCCGGUCCUGGGCGGCUCGGGGGACACGGUGCCAGAGGUCCGGCCGCGCUGCGACCCGGGACUGGGCGUGAUGGAUGUGCCAGGAAGGAAAUGGGUCAUCGGCGACACCUUCUUGAGGCGUUACUAUUCCAUCUACGACGAUGACCGUGGCUUGGUGGGCUUCGCCAAGAGCAUUCAUCCGGAUGAGGCCACUGCAUCAUCGCCAGGCCGCGAGGAUGCAACCAUGUCUCCGGAGCUGAAGAAGGAGGCUCAGGCCAUGCUCUUCCCGUGGGCACUGCCACCCUGUUGGAGACGUUCCAAGCAGGCCCGGCCGGGUCGAGCCAGCCAGCACUUCUUCUGAAUGCCACGCUGAAUCACGAGCGCGAAAAGCGACGAAAACCGAGACGUCAGG